UGACAAAAUUUCACCAAUUGUCAACGAGAAACUCGCUUCAAUUAUCAACCAGCGUUGGCUGAAUAAGCUGAGCGACGAGCAAUUGAAGGAAAAACGGGCUAAAUGUUUUAGGCCUUAGACCUGCGAUCGCCUUAUUGUACCUAAGGUAAACACCAAAAUUUGGGGAAAAUUAGACCGCACAGCUAGAGGGCGUGAUUUACAAUUGAGUGCCAUUCAAUCAGCCCUGACGACUGUCGGUCAUAUAGCAGCACAAACCACCAAUGAUCUGUUGGUUGCCCGCAAUAACAGAAGCGAACUAAAUACCGAUAAUCGUGUUCGUAUGAACGCUGAUAUCAUAGCGAUCCUGGGAUAUGUAAGUUUUGAAUUGUCUCAACGACGACGUGACGCUAUACGUCCCAAUCUCCAUCGAGAAUUUAGUACUUUAUGCCGUUCGCAUGUUCCCGUUACGAAAUAUUUGUUUGCAGAUGAAUUGCAAACCCAAAUUAAUCACAUUCGCACAUCCAACAAGUUUUGGCAACGCGACAACAAGCUUUUCUCAUACCACUUGGCAGCAACAUUCCAAAGAAGAGAAAUGACAAUGGCGCCCUUUUUUAUCCCGUCAUCAGGGCAACACCCCAUAUCGGUCGAAAAAGAACCAAUUCGGGAAGAAACGAUCGGACAUAAUGAACGAUCGCAAGUAGAAAACACUGAAUUUUUAAGAAACUUUAAGACUUUACAGGACACAAUCUUCGACGUUCCAACAAGCAUCAACGAGAUCACCAACCUUAAAAAGAGAGAUCAAAAUGUAGCUGACUGGGAUUUAAAUGUGACCUUGGACAUCACCUACCUUCGUUACCAAAGAUUGAUGUGAUGAGAAGUGAUGAUGAAACAUUGACCACCAUCCUCAAGUCCCAGCUUUUGAAAG